GCCAUAUUGAAUUUGGUCGGACAUCUUGGGACGCCAUGUUUAGGCAGACAUAUUUUAUAAACAUUUUCGCGUAAUUUUCAAAUAUUUUUCAGCCUAAAUAGCGAACUUUUUUUCACUGAAGUCUGUGGCAUUUAUCGCGGUAAAUAUUGUGUGAAAAUAUUCUGUGCCUACGCAGCAGUCCAUAUAUGUCUCCAGGGGGCCGUGCAGCUUUUGUUACAAGAUAAAUAGAGUUGUAAGGCGCGGUCUUCUUCAAGAUGAUGAACCAGGAGAUCAUGUGUGAGGUGGAGAUUGGAACCCAUGGCGGCAUGGAGAUGGAUGGCGAGGAUCAGGUCGGAGUCAAGUAUGAAGAAAUAGAGGCUGGCCAGUAUGAGGAGUAUAUAACAGAUGACCAAUAUGAAGAGGUGGAGGAGCAGGUCAUAGGCAUGCAGCAUCUAGAAGAAGACUAUAAAAUUUCAGUUGGCAGCGAGGAAGUGAUCCUCCCUGGCAUCUCCGGGGAGGAGGUGCUUCAUUCUGCUAGUGAUAAUGUCUAUGACUCCGUCUACCAGCCUCCCUCUACGAGCAGAGGUCGCGGGCGGCCCCGGGUCGGAACGGCUAACAACACAAACAUGACACAUUUGAUGCCUAUUGGCGAGGUGCCGAUGGGCAUAAUGGAGACGGGCGGCGGCCGCGGGGCAACUCGCCGAUGGGAACAGAAGCAAGUGCAGAUCAAAACCAUGGAGGGGGAGUUUAGUGUUACCAUGUGGGCCACAGGGGAGGAUGACGAUGACGGAUCAAAUCCGGAACCGGACCCCGACUACACAGAGUACAUGACCGGCAAGAAGAAUAUACUGGGCGGGGAGCCUAUGCCAGGUUUAGAUCUAUCGGAUCCCAAACAGUUAGCAGAGUUCGCGAGGCCCGGACACAAGAUCAGGUUAAAGAAACCUUCUCCUGAAUCAUCAGACAGGACUAUAGCGUGCCCGCACAAGGGCUGCAGCAAGAUGUUCCGCGACAACUCCGCCAUGCGCAAGCAUCUGCACACCCACGGCCCGCGCGUGCACGUCUGCGCCGAGUGCGGCAAAGCAUUUGUGGAAAGUUCGAAGCUGAAAAGACACCAGUUAGUCCAUACCGGGGAAAAACCCUUUCAGUGUACUUUUGAAGGGUGCGGAAAGAGAUUUUCGCUGGACUUCAACCUCAGAACGCACGUCCGCAUCCACACGGGCGACCGGCCGUACGUGUGUCCGUUCGACAGCUGCAACAAGAAGUUCGCGCAGAGCACCAACCUCAAAUCGCACAUACUCACGCACGCCAAAGCUAAAUCAAGAAACUCAUUGUCCCGCAAUGGAGGCAACUCAUACGAGUCAGCUCGCACCACACCGCAGUUCGUCCAACUGGAGAUGUCCCCUGACGACUCUAACCACCAGCUGAUAUUCUACACGCACGAAUGAAGCCCGGCCUCCAGCGGGGACGAAGGCCCAUAACCGCACGUAGUCGAGGGUCCGUAACCGCAGGAGACCCAUAUUGUUCACGAAAUCCUUUCCUCGAUCAGUGAAUUGUGUUUCAUGUGUUGACAAAGUUGAUAAUUACUUGAGUGACAAAGUGAAUCUUGUGUAAACUGACCCAUAACCACACAGGAUUGGGGAGGCCAUUUUGUUCCUGAAAUAUAAGUUUCUUCGGAUCAGUGACAAAAUGAAUCUGUGUUUCAUGACAUUGUAGAUAAAAGUGGAUUAAAAGUCUGUGAUUACAUAGGCUAAAUAAUGUGAAAGUGUACACUUUAAAGAGUUACACAAACUUUUAGUGUCACUAAGUCUAUAAUGGAUUAUGACAAUGGUGAUUUUGUUGUGGUGAUACCUGUGUUCCACUUUGAAACAUGAGCAGCGCCCUAAUUGCGUUAAUAAUUAUCACUGGAUCGCAAUUGAACCUGACUAAAAAAUGGAAGAACUAUCUGUUUUAUUAAAGAAAGAAGAAAACAUAAAACCAGAUGCGAAAAUCUGAAACAGACUUUUGUAUCAACACAGAACUGUAAAACUGAAAACGUGCAGCAAAGAGAAACUUGUAAUUAAAAAUGUCAGAAUGUAGGAGAUACAAGAGGUACAAUUGUAAUGCAGUUAGUUAUUGCUAAGGUGGCAGAUUAGCUGAAAUUUAAGUUAUGCCAAUGGUUUUUAAUGCAUAAUUUAUAUCAUGUUGAAAAAAAAAGACUAUUGACUACUGGUUAGAAAAAUAUAGUGAGAAGUGUACAGACAUUUUUAUAGAUGAAUUAAGAAGUAAAUGUUCUAUUGAAUGAGAUGUGAAGUGGCAACUAGAAUUCCUAAGGAGAACUUGGCCAAGAAUAUAGAUUAAAAAAAAUUGUAUAGCAAUAUUGACAGACUGUUUUUAAUUGAUUGUCGGUUAAGGCAGGUGCAGACCUAACGCGUAAGAUACUAGUGACGUUGAUUGUAUGCAUGCAUACAAACCCUACACAGUCAGUGUGGCAUGUCUAAUAUAGUUUCAUACAAACUCACAGGGACUUGAAUGCUUGUGUCCUGUAUUUUAGGUCUGAAUCUGCCUUUCAGUGUGAAUAGAAAAUGCUAUUUAAAAUUAUUUUUAUUUAUGCUAUUUCACUGUUGCCUAAAAAUUGCUAUACCCUCUUAUUUCAUAAAAAAGUUAAAGCAUUUUUAUUUUAAGCUAAAAUAUGUUUUGUCUCACUCUGUCAAUGUUUAAAGUUUAAGUAGCUUUGUAACUUUUUUAUAAAUAAGGGUAAAACCCUUUUUCUAUAUCUAAAUUAACAACAGCGGUGCUACAGUCACUGACAACAAUAACAUGGCAAUCAGUUAUUCAUAAUUCCACAUAUUGCAGCAGGCUUCUUUUGUAGCUUAGUCUCCUGCUUCUGUUGUAGUAGUCAAUGGAAAUCAAUAAAAUAUUUGAGUAAAAUUGAGCGUUGGAAGAUAAUUUAAAAAGAAAUUAUAAUAAAAAGCAUUGUAAUUAUAAUCAAAUGCAACUGUCGUUUAUCAAAAUUUGAACACAUUUUUACAAAAUGAAAUUAAAUCUUCACAAAGUCGUGUAUCCAAUACAGGAUUACAAGUUUUGACUAUUUUAUGAAGUUGUUCCUCUCUUUUAACACUGGUGGACACAAUACUGCUAUAGCAGUAUAUAUGUUGUAUUUCGUCGAGUGUCCACUAAAGUGAUUGGUCAGUGGGAUUGGUUUAAUUCCAAUAAUGCCAAGAUUUAUUUGUAUUAUAUUUUCAAUACUUGUAUCGGAUAAUGGUGCAUAAGAAUGGUUCAGUUAUAUCAUUCACCAACUUAACAAUAGUUAAGGCUGAUUCUGACUGCAUGCGAAUUUUUUGUGUGCAAUUGUUGGCUGCGUAGGCGCGUUCGUUACAAUUCCAUAUGAAAAAAUGCAUGCAUAUGCGUGACACAGUCAUUGUAUUCUCAAUCAUAAUGCCAAACUAACGGUAAAGACAUAGAAAACUGUAGACAACCUAUCAUAACCAAAUGAGAUCAAGAGAUUAUUUCCGUACUACUUCACAGCCCAUCUCAUAGAAAGCAGCAAUGAAGGUGUUGUAAAAUCCCGGCACAUGAAGGGACAAAAAGUAUCUGCGCUGUCCUGUUUCGUCUUGUGUAUUUCUAAUAUGCAUUUCUCUUAUAUGAGCGAAAGAAAAGAUAUGACCAUGUUUAUAGCUUUCUCUGUCUGUGUACUAAACUAUGUUGAACAGUUUCCAUGAUUUUGGCUACAUCAAUUGUAAACCAGACAUUGUCCACAAAUGCAUAAUUAAAUUAGCUACUAGAAUCUUGUAUAAAUUGAUGCAUUGCUAUGUAGUAGGAAGUUUAUGUUAAAAUAUUAAGAGCAACAUAGUAAAGCAUCAAUGAUAGGGAAAAUUACCAGAUUGAUUUUUGGGUCAUAAAAAUCUUUUUUUUUUUGGAAGAGGAAAAUUUACUUACAAAACUGAUUUAGUUGAGAUUUUUCACUUGAUUUUGUGAAUAAAUUGCACAAAGUGUAAAUAAUAAAUUGAUAGUAAAAAAUAAGUUUUUCCGUUUGUAUGUUUUCUUCUUUCGAAAGUGUAUUACGCUUGAAUAACUUGUAUAUUUGUACUAUAUCAUAGAUAUGCCAAAAAUAACUUUUUGUAAUAUAGAUUUUAUGAUUUUUGAAGGAGAAUGCAUAUGGCGUUUUGUAUGUAAUUUUGCGUUAAAAUGAUCUUAUUAAAGUUUAAUUUAGUUAAUUGAGCAAAGUUAUGUACAAAGGCAUAAUUUUUAUUAGAAUUAAAUUAACAUAUCCUCUAUAUAUGGCCAGGUCUCAGAAGUCUAAUACUACUUUGAAUUCUAAUGCUAAGGCAUUGAAGUUCAAAGUAGCAUUAACUGUGACUUGACUGCUUUUAAAGAUUCUUCACAAAACGUAACGCCGGCUACACUAGCACUCGGGUAGAUGCCGACGCGAAUGCACAAUAUAUAGCAUAGCUAUGAGAGCUUUUAUUUAUGAAAAACCAGCAGUGUGUGCCGAAUUCGCCAAAGUUUUGGUGAACUGUUUGCCAAUAGUGUAUAAACAUUGUAUAAAUUAAUAUUCAAUGUCGUAACGACUAACAAUUUAUAUUUAUUUGAUGUUUCUUGGUUGUUUGUUCUCGUAUUAUAAAUGUCCAAAAUUGUAUGCGUUCUCCUUGAUUUGAAACAAAAUCACGAAAUCCAUCCGGAAGACGACAUCUCCAUCAUAAUUCUAUAAUUAUUUACUCUCCCAACUCGCUCUAGAGGCUAUGAUUCUAAUUUUCAUUGUUUCCAGUGCUUAUUUUGAAAUAUUAAAUUUAUUUUUUCCUGAGAACUGGAACAGAGAAGUGUAAAUUACUAUAUAUGUCAUUAUUUUUAUUUAAAAAAUUCUAAAUGUUUCUUAAAUAGGUAAAUGAUGUCUGUUUUGUUGAUUUAUGUAACAAAUUAAACUUGUGACAUUAAAUAAACGUCUGAAUCUGUCUCCUCGAGAGUCAGUAGUCCGA